CUGUGCUCCGAAUAUUUCACUUUCCUGAGAGACAAACAGGUAGCCUGGCCAGAGGGAGGUGGUGCUAUUGCGCACACGGCGCUCAACCUGCGCAAACUACAGCAUAACUGCAUGCAUAUUCUCCGAUCAGUUGUUAUGGAUAAAUGUGGAGGGAGAGGUGAGGCCCUGCUGAUUAUUUCGACUCCAACACGUCUGCAGUCACAUCAAUGAUGCUGUCUUGGAGGCUCUGAAGUCUGUGCGCGCUGCAGCGGAUCAGUUUUGGAGUCGCCAGCAGUGCGCCUCAGCUGGACACAGGACACACGAUCUGGAGGACUGGCUCCAUCGUUUUAUUGAAGUUUGAUGCCUGUUUUGUUGGUAUUUUUAUCCCUGGGAUUUCUUCUUGUGAAGUGCAUUUGGAGCUGCUUGUAUUGAGUGUUUUUAUUACAUGGAAAGCGUGCGUAUCGUGCAGAUAUGUUUUCGCUCCGUGGAAGUUAGCCCUGCAACAGCUCUCCUAAACUCUUCUCUUUGCAUCUUAACUUGUAAUAAUACUUUAACUAAAAACUGCAGGAGGUUUUAAAAACGUCAGUGGAAAAAUGGCCAGCGAACGGAAACCACGGCUUUGUGUCAUGGCAAAAUCGGAGGACGGGUAUGGAUUUCACUUGCAUGGCGAGAAAGGGAAGAGCGGACAGUACAUCCGCAAAGUGGAGACUGGGUCCCCCGCAGAAGCGACCGGGCUGCGCGCGGGGGACCGGGUGGUGUCGGUGAAUGGGGUGAACGUGGAGAAAGAGACACAUCACCAGGUGGUACAGCGGAUCAAAGCAGUGGAAAGUGAGACCAGGUUGCUGGUGGUGGACCAAGAGACACAUGAAAGUCUGCGCAGCCUCCGCCUCACACCCACAGAAGAGAUGGCCAUCGUCAGGGUUUCACCUCCGUCCUCCUCCUCUCCCCCAGCCUCCCCCUCGCCACCCCCAUCCUCUGUCCCAUCCUCUGUCCCAUCCUCCCCAAGCAAGAAGCGGGAGAACGGCUCGGUGUCCAAGCAGCCGGUCACUCCGAGCAGCCAGGUGCAGAAGCCCACCAGGAGGUCGCCUUCCAAGGCUGCGAAGAAGGAGGCUGUUGCCCAGGUUGAAGCCCAGGUCCAGUCGCGGCCCCCGGUCGACCCGUCCGAGCUCGUUCCACGCCUCUGCCACCUGAUCCGGUCUGACGCCGGCUACGGCUUUAACCUCCACAGUGAUCGAUCCAGGCCCGGACAAUACAUCCGCUCCCUGGACCCCGGAUCAGCUGCAGACCACGCCGGGCUCCGGGCCCAGGACAGGCUGAUUGAGGUAAAUGGUGUGAACAUCGAAGGCAUGCGGCAUGCAGAGGUGGUGGCCUUCGUUAAGAAAGGGGGAGAUGAGACCUGGCUGCUGGUGGUGGACCAAGAGACAGACGAACACUUCAAGAGGAGUGGGGUCGUCCCUACAAUCAGCCAUCUCAGAGACUAUGACGGUCCCUCCAUAUCCAACGGCUCCCCGAACCCUCAGAUCAACGGCAGCUCCACCACGCAGUCCUUCAGGUCCACGCGCUCCGACCUCAGCAGCCAGGGCAACAGCACACAGCUGGCAGAAGAUGAAGGCAGCCAGCUGAUGGACCCUUUCGCUGAGAUGGGUCUGAGUCUGAGCGCUACGGCAGCAGAGGAAAAGAUGAAGGUCCAUAACAAAGAAAAGAGAAAGGCUCCACAAAUGGACUGGAUGAAAAAAUAUGAGCUGUUCAGCAACUUCUGAGACUUUCCCCUCCAAUGACAGAUGUUUGAGCGCUCUGCGAAGGAUACCAAGAUAUAAGAAGACAAAAGGAAAAAAGUUGUACUAUGGAUUUGACUUUUUGAGCCACUUCAGAGACUCUUUAACAGCUUAUUUUCUCCUUUUUAAAGCACAAUAUGAAGGAAGUGCUAACUGACUGAAGGAACUAUGAAGGAAAAGCAUAUUUUAAAGUCAAGUUUUUACAAAUGUAUGUACAUCCCCAUCACUUUAAUCCUCCUUUAUCCACACUUCUAGAGACUUGUUUCAAACAAAUGAGGGAGAGAGUUAUUUUUAUAAUUAAAAAGUAUAAACAAACUAUAAAAAGAAAAUAUUAUCCCAUUUUCAUGCAUUUUAAAAGAGCUUUAUGGACACUGUGACAACAAUGAUUGUGGACAUUGUGGGAGUUUUGGCCCAUCAUUCAGAGGAAGCCCAAGAUGGGCAGAAGAUCACUGUGAAAGAGUUCAGAGCCUCCACCUUCAGCCCACGCAGAUCUAUUUUAUUAUCACGCAUAAAGAAAAGGAUGGCUGUGUGUUCUGGUUGCAACAUUUCCUACACGUAUUUUUACAGAGUGUAUUAACUGGUCAUCAGAUCAGCCCUGCUUUUGUUCAAAAAGGUAAUCCAUUAUCCAUUAUAUCCAUUAUCCUAAAUAACACAUUAUUCCGUGUUAUUUAGCACUCACUUUUAAUAAUGUAUUACCACUAAACUCUUUUCUAAAAUGCUCCGGUGCACAACAAAGGGAAGCACCACUAACAUAAAAUGUAUUGAUACAUUUAACCAUGGAAGCUGGAAAGUAGGCGAGGAAGGUUGGAGGAGGCCCGAUGUGUACAGCAGGGGGCAAACUUGCUCCACAAAUAAGAGGUCCCGUUUGGCCCGGAAAAUAAAACAGAGAGGAUGGUUAAGCAGGCUGGUUUUAUUCUGAUACUAGAGGACUAUUACUUAGUUAAGAAGAGUAACGUCUUUUGGUGUCCACUAGUUGUCAUGGCCAGGGAACAGUCCGGCACAAAUUGCAAGUGGAUGUUUUUACACUCGUACGUAUUAAACAAAUGUGAUUUUUUUUUUUACAUAUUAAAAACAUUGAUUAAGAUGUGGCAAGUAAGCCGUUUCCCCCAUUUCUCUUUUUUAUGCUAACCUAAGCUAACCUGCUGUUUGCAGUAGCUUCACAUUUAGCACAGGUGACACUUUCCAACCAAAAGUGAAAAGGGGUUUUCCCAAAAAUGCUGUACUAUUCCAUUAAUUAGAUAAGGGUCAGGACCGGGAAUGAGCUCAGAAGUGCAACUAUAGCCGCGAAAGAUAGUUAUAGGAUGUGAUGGGGUCCAACGUGAGCAGAGUGUGAGCAGGUUGUGGGGCAGAGAGGUGUAGCUAAGGCUGCACAGUGAGGUCAGAGAUGCUCCGGGGGAUCUAGUGAAAGAGAAUGCAGGAGCCAUGGAGCUUACUGAGGAUUAUUACGCACAGGGGCACAGCUGUCAUGCUGGAGCACAAUGUGUACGAGUGUAGAGAAGGUAUACAUGCCGCAAUCCAAGCUAUGUUGAUACAAUGCAUUGCAACAAGUGAAAGUGCAAAUUGGAGAACUUGUCUUUUUGUACCUGUUCACACCUUUACAGUGUCCUAAUUCAUCUUUGUACAUCAUUCUGUGUGUGCAUUAGCGUUUCACUAUGUAUGUUCUGACAGUCACAGCAAAGAAAACUCUAUGAUACCAUGGCUGAUGUAUAUAUACAGUAAAAGCAUACAGUAUAUAAGGCAGGUGGCAUUUUUUCAAUAAAGUGUGACAAUGGUGUUUUUGAAUAUAUUAAACUGUUGUCAUUAUCUCUCAUG